CAAUAAGGAAGUUUGAUUUAACCACUGUGACCAAAAUUCACCCAUUUUCACAGAAUCGGAUUAUGGAGCAAUUAUAAAGAAUCUCAAGACUUUCUUAUUACAGCACACGUGAAAGAAUUUACUGACCACGGACAAGACAAGAUGGCAGAAAUACAAAUCAACAAUGUAGAAGACAUUUUACAACUGAAAGAUAUAUCGUCCAUGAUGAAACUUUUUAAACAGUGGGGAAUAAAAGCACCAAAAACUGCAAAUAAAGAUAUUUUCGUAUCAGAACUAGUCAAAUUUUAUAAAGAAAAUGGAGCUGUUGCACCCAAAGAUAGAAAAACGGGAGGAACAGUUUUACAAGAAGCAUUGCAAUAUCACAGAGGAAAUAGAGAGAAAUUAAUGAAACUGUAUGACAAAGUCGUGAACUUUUAUAAAGAACUACCUGUCAACUUCCAACAAGAUUUGAAUAAUAUCUUUCCAGACAUUGAAAAGACUGCUCAUUUGAAGCGAUCCGAAUUGUCAUCACCUGAAUGUAACAUUCUUGUUGCAGGAGAGGCAACAUCAGGAAAAAGUAGUCUUAUAAACUUAUUGCUGGAAGCCGACAUUCUUCCUACAAGUGGUAUUAAAUGCACACAAACAGUCUGUGAAAUACGGAAGAGCAAAGAUGGUCGAAAGAAGGCAAUCUGCUUUGGGUCUAAUGGCGGACAGAGAUCAGAGAUAGAUCUAAGUACCAAGGAAGGACAAGAAAGGUUAAGAAGAGAAAUAGUAUAUGAAGACGAUUAUGGUGACAAUCCGUACGAUAAAAUUGAAAUAUAUUGGCCGACUGAUAUAAUUGAGGAAGGUCUGGUGAUAAUAGAUACUCCUGGAUUCGGUGACAACCAGAUACACAAAUCACUUAAAAAGUACCUCUCAAAAUCGUGUGGAUUUAUUUAUGUUGUGAAUACUGCUAAUGCAGGCGGUGUUCAGAGAGGACGGUUGAAAGAUUUUCUAAGAAAUAUAGUCAACUCUUCAGAAGAAGAUUUCAGUCCGUCGUCCACUUUAUUCAUUUGCAAUAAAUGGGAUGUCGUACCACCUAAGGACAGGGAAGAAAUAAAGCGGGGAAUUGUGUACCGAUUGGAACAAAUAUUUCAGGGACUUCGACAAGAGCAAAUAUAUUACUUUUCAACCACAGAGGCCAAACGUGCAAUAGAAUUCGGAACCAUAAAUUCUGGUCAUGAAGAUUUUAUAUCCAAUGGACUGCAGCGAUUGUUUCCAGCUAGUUUACGUCAACAGCUCAAUUCGCAUUAUCGGUGGUUGUCACAGAUUCUAAAAAGAGCUAAUUACUCACUGAAAGUAUCUAAAACAUUAGACGCUGUAGACAAAGAAGAAAUGACCAAAAAGAUGGACGGAAUCAAACGUAAUAUGGACGCCUUAGAGGCGAAAUCAAGACAUACAAUUGAUGAUCUGAGAAAAGGACUACAGUAUGAGAUAACAGAUUUGCACAAAACAACAGCUGACGUGUUAAGGUCACGGAACAUGCUCAGCACAUUGACUGACUGGAACCAGGUUGAAUGUCCACCUCCUGAUGAUUCUAAGAAGUUGGCAAAGGAAGCAGCCGAAAGAAUUGCAAGUAAAGUUGCAGUAGAGUUAAAUAGAUGGGAAAAGGAACAACGAAUUAUCCACUCACUAAAAGAGAAGAUGAUAAAGAAAUUUAAACGAGAUUGUGAACUACUAGAGGACCAAAUCAUAACAAUAGAAGGUACUCUUCUCGGAGAACAGGAUAAAAAGAUAAUAAACGACCUCCACAAAUCAAUGAAGAAGCAAGCACCAGUAAAAGCCCUAUGGAGAAAAGCAAAGCGAGAUGGUGUUGAUGAUGACGUAAGAGGCUUAGGAGGAGCGGUAGGAGCUGUUGGUUCAGUUAUAGCCAGUAACAAAAAAUUUAGAGAAAUAUUCAAAGCUUACAAGAAAGAUAAUAAUACAAAGAAAAUGGCAGAGGCAACAGUCAUGUUUAUUGAGUCAAUUUUUCAGGGAAAUGAAUUACAAGACAAAAUUUCAAACUAUCUGGGCAAAUUGGUAAAAGGUGUGGAUGAAAUUGCCAAGAAAAUACCAGAAUUUCUCAAAGCAGAUAGUCAGCUUCUUGAAAAAAUUACACACAGUGUAAGAGAUACAGACGACAAGAUGAGGAAGAUGUAUCCACAAUUUAUUUCCUCAGGUCACACAAUUCAAGGAGAACUGGAUUUGUUUUAUGUAUAUUACAUCAUGGACAUGGAUUACAGAUUAAGUGACGUUGAAUGGGACAGAGAUGAUCUUUUAGGAAGUGGAAGUUUUGCAGACGUUUUCAAAGGUCAACUUAAACUACCUAACCAGAAUGAAAAAGUUGCACUGAAGUAUUGCAAAGAUCCAUUGUCGGAAAAGGUUAUAUCGGACAUUUUAUUAGAAGAUAGAACAUUGAGGGAACUGCAGCAUCCAAAUAUUAUACAAUAUCAUGGAUGCACAUUGCAACAGAGUGGUAAAACCAGGAGAAUGGUUCACUGGAUUAUGAUAAUGGAAUACUGCGAUGACACCCUGAAAAAUAAAUUCAUUAGCUCAGAGUACGAAAACCCUGGUAAAGUUGAAAUAUACUCUGUACAGAUAGAGCAAAUGGAAGAGCUUGCAAGAUAUGCUGUCCAGAUAUGUGGAGGAUUGGAGUUUCUCCACAAGAAGAAAAUGGUUCAUCGUGAUAUGAAAUUAGAAAACAUUUUGACGGUGAGAAAAGAUGGACAUGACGUAGUCAAACUUACAGAUGUAGGGUUAACAAAGAGGGAAGAUCAUAUUGGUGGAUCAAUUCUAGGUUCACCUGUGUAUAUGGCACCGGAAGUACUUGUUCCGAAAGGAAUUUAUGACAGAAGAGCCGAUAUUUAUGCACUCGGAAUAAUGCUGUGGGAGAUGUGGUAUGGCAUCGACGCAGCAGACCAUAUACAACAACAACUGUAUACCUCCCUGGAAAAGGCGGUAGUGGACGAAGGACUGCGACCAUCAUUAUCACUGAAAUAUAAACCAGACGAAAACUGGCAAAAUUUGAUAAAAGCUUGCUGGGCAAAAGAUCAAACUCAGAGACCCGAAGCUACAGAUAUAAAAAUAUUUUUUGAAAAAUUUUUGCGACAUUAGUACAAUAAUAUCAUGCGAUUAGUUCAGAGAUGAUUUUUUUUUCGGAGAUAGUGACUAUGGUAUGCGGUUUGUUAUAGCUUAAGGGAAAAUAAUAUUAGACAGCUGAUACAAUACAGUACUCAAUAUUUAGGGGCACAGACAAAUUUGAUUAAAUAAUUUAUUUUAGUAUAACACUUUGAAAUGCAUUAAUAUGUAAUUUUGAAAUCAAUAAAUAUGAACAUGA